UAUUCAUUUCUGCAGUUUCUACUUACACUCUGAAAUAGCGCCUCCCCCUCACAAUCUCACUCGAAACUCCUCCGGUAAGAGGCAAGAAACAGAGCCACCCAGCUCGCCUGCGCAAUCGCCGUGCCUCCAUUCCUCUGCGUCGCCGCCCUCCACCGUUUCCUAGAGCUCAGAUACAUAUCUCACUGCUGCAAAGCUACUGGUGAUACUCGCAUAAUCGUUAUACCAAUCCAUAAACCAUGAAACUAGCUAAUCUAUAUCGGCUUGCACGUGGCCACCCAGCUGUGUGUCAAAAAACCAACCUUCUGCAGUACCGUUGUUUUCAACCCGACUUUGUUCCUAGGGAUCCCAAAUCCAAGCCCAAGAAAUACAAAUACCCUGACGUCUACGAGCCAUAUGGACCUAGACCGCCACCUUCAGACAAAAUCGUCCAGCUCGCUGAGAAAAUUGCAGCCCUGCCUCUCGAAGAGCGAGUGAAAAUAGGUCCGACUCUGCAUCUCAAGGUAAGCCAUCCCAAGUUGGUAGCGCUCGAUGUUGAAGGAGUGGACACAGGCGGGGCACGUGGUGGAUCAUCGCCCAAGGCUGAAGUGAAGAAGGCUGAGAAAACCACAUUCGACAUCAAGUUAGAGAAAUUCGAGGCAGGUGCAAAACUGAAAGUGAUAAAAGAGAUCCGUUCCUUUACAGAUCUGGGACUGAAGGAAGCUAAAGAUUUGGUGGAGAAGGUACCAGUUAUACUGAAGCAGCAGGUUACAAAGGAUGAGGCAAAUAGCAUUAUAGAGAAAAUCAAAGCAGUUGGUGGAGUUGCUGUGAUGGAGUAGUACUGUUUGAGAAAGUUCAUGUUUAAUUUUGUCUUAGAUACGUCGAAAUAAUUUGUUUUGACUCUUUAGAGUUUAUCAUCAUUGGUUCUUCUCUCA